CACGUUCUUGUAGGUGUUAAAAGAGUGAUGGUUGUGGGGAUUGCCAUAGCAUCGGCAGUGUUUGCAGCAGCGUGCUACGUACUCUAUACCACCAGAGUACCUACCCCAAAGGGGCUGCCUGCUAAAGUCCUCACCAGGGCCGUUAAUGGAGAAGAACACCAUCGGGAGAGUGUAAUGGAAGAUGGCUGGGUCCCUGUUAUAUCCACACUCUAUGAAGCGUUCAAAAGAGGAUAUGUUUUGGGCCCUUCAGCUCCUUUUCUGGGGUUCCGGCAAAUGGAGCUCCCUGGCAAGCCUUAUAAAUGGCUUAGUUAUGAACAGAUAUACGAAAGAUUCCGAAAUGUAGGAUCGGGUCUUGUUGAUAAAGGUUGUCAGGAACAGAGCUUUGUUGGGAUAUACGCCAAGAACAGCCCUAACUGGGGGGUCGUCAUGCACGCUUGCAGCGCUUACAAUAUGACACUUGUGCCCCUCUAUGAUACCCUGGGUGCUAAAGCAAUGACACACAUCCUCGAUACUACCGGACUUGAAGUUGUCUUUGUUGAUUCUGCUCUCGUAUAUAAUAUCUUAAAGUGGGCUGAGGAGUCUAAGAUAAAGUUGAUCGUGUCGAUAGGCAGUGAUUUGUCCGAUGAGAACAUAGAAAAAGCGGCAAGUCUAGGUGUUGACAUCAUUAAGCUUGGUGACUUUGAGGUUUAUGGCCUGACCAAACGAAUUGAGCCCAGGCCUCCUACUCCAGAGGACAUAGCUCUGAUUUGUUAUACCAGUGGAACUACUGGUACACCAAAAGGAGCUCUGAUAUCCCAUGGUAACAUUGCUGCUUGUUGCAUGGGACUGAAAGCAAAUGUCACCACUUUUCUGGACCACCGUGAUACCAUUAUCUCUUACCUCCCUUUGGCUCAUGUUUAUCAAUUCGCCGUCGAAUGCUUCUUUGCUUAUUUAGGGGCAAAGAUUGGAUAUUUCCAAGGAGAUCUGAAGCUUCUUCUGAACGAUUUUGAAACUCUUUCACCCACCGUAAUUCCAUCUGUGCCUCGAGUUUUAAACAAAGCUUUUGAUAAAAUAAACGGCCUUGUUCACGAAAAAGCUCUCGUUGGGAAACUCUUCGACAUCGCCUUAGCAUCAAAAAUGAAAGAGGUUGAGGCAGGAAUCUACCGUCGUAACUCUCUUUGGGACCGCAUUCUUUUCAAGAAAGUACAGAAAUCCUUUGGAGGUAAAUGUCGUCUGCUGAUCACCGGAUCUGCACCUUGCCGAGGUGAUAUCUUGCAAUGGUACAGAGCUGUAUUGGGAUGCUACGUUAUGGAGGGUUUCGGUCAAACUGAGAUGUCCGGAGUGAGCACUAUGUCAUUGGACGGUGACCACUCGAUUGGUCACAUCGGAGUACCCUUCCCAUCUCUGAGAGUUAAGCUUGUUGAUGUACCUGAGAAAGAGUAUUUUGCAAAGGAUAACCGCGGUGAGAUCUGCUUCCAAGGCCCCACAGUCUUUAAAGGCUACUUCAAAGACCCCGAGAAGACGGCAGCUGCUAUCGACAGUGAAGGAUGGCUGCAUUCAGGAGAUAUCGGCAAGUGGACAGACCAUGGAUGUUUAUCGAUAAUCGACCGAAAAAAGAAUCUGUUUAAGCUUGCUCAGGGUGAAUACAUUGCUCCAGAUAAGAUUGAGGCCGUCUACGAGCGCUGCCCAAUUGUUGGUCAAUGUUUCGUGUACGGAGAGUCCCUCAAGUCAAGUCUUGUAGGUAUCAUAGUACCAGAUGAACUGAUUCUGUCUAAAAUGGACCCCCCAAUUUCUGUAGAAGAAUUUGUUGCAGAUCCCAACAGUGCUGGCAUGGUCCUCCAAACGAUCCAGACAAUGGGCCAAAAGGAGCUGAAGAGUUUUGAACAGGUACGACACAUCAAACUUGUACCCGAGGCUUUCACUGUUGAGAACAACCUGGUGACUCCUACCAUGAAGAAGAGAAGAGAAGCUAUCGCUGCAUCUUACACUGAUGUCCUUCAGUCCAUGAUGGUCAACAUGGUGUAGUUUGUUCAAUAUCCAUCCAAUAUCCACUGUAACGAACAGUUGUAACUUUUAUAAUCCUUUGUGCUAUGUCAAAAUAUCUUAUUAAUAUCAUACCAUAAUACUAAAAACUUCAAAAUUAUUAUAUUGAAGUUUGCUUGCUAUUUAUCACCUAUCAUUACCAGAGUAUCCCAUAAUAUGUACUGGGAUUCAAACUUCAUUGCACACGUUUAUGCUGGACACACUUAUUUUAAAUUAGAUUUCAGAUUAGAUCCAAUUAGAUUUAUUUUUCCAAACUAUCUGAUAGUAUCAGAUAGCUUAGUAACAUAAUUGAAACUUUUUCAGAUAUUCCCGGAUUGAUUUGAUUUUAGAGAAUCAGAUUUAAAAGUAUGUUCUUACUGGAAAUGGGUGGACUUUCAUUUACACGAAUUGAAUAGUUUAUAUGAAAUUUUUGUGUUUUCAACCAUCCCAGGUUAUUGUUGUGUUUGCCAGUUUUAAAUUAAUCUUAACGUUUUAUUUAUGAAUAAUUUGUACCUUGAUUUUUGUAUCCUUCGUGAUUGUUAAAAAUAAGUUUAAAAUUAUUAUUAUCAUAUCCAUGAUGUACUUUUUUUUAUGUGUUAGCUUGGUACUUCGCUCUUCUAUAAUUA